GAUUUGUGAAGGCAAGCUGAGUCUGUAGGGACUCAUUUUCUACCCCCAGCAAAAGAAGUCAGGGAAGAGAUAUCCAGCUGGAGGGAUCCUCUGCAGGGAGAUGCACAGGCGACGUGACAGGAAGGCAAGUGAGAACAGAGACCAGCUCACCAAGCAAGAAAAACGAAGCAGGAGUAACCACUCAAAGAGAAGUGUUGGAAGGCAUGAGGUGCAGUCCUGGAAAACGGCCACCAAGCAAUCCUUGUGUCUCAUGUGGCAAAAAGUGAAAGUGCAGCUGAUAUUAGGCAUGUCUUUCCUCGUUGCUGUUUUUUGGUACUGCAGAAGGCUCUACAGCUUUUUAGCACAGCUACUGAAACGGUGGAGCAACUACCUUCAGAGAAAACUCAUAAGGAAUCUCAGUGUGCUGGCAGAAGUGGAUCUACUUGGUUACAGUGCAAGAGAAUGGAAAGGAGAAACAAAGCAGGCCAAACACAUGAGGGAGGCAUAUGAAGAAUUGUUUUGGAGCUGUCAUAUCAAAUACUUGCGACAAGUCAGGAGGGACAACUACUGUGUGCUAAGAGCAGUACUUUUUCAGAUAUUCAGCCAAGGCAUUCCUUUUCCAUCAUGGAUGAAGGAGAGAGAUAUAUUGAAGCUCCCUGAAAAGCUUUUGUAUUCCCAAGGUUGCAACUGGAUUCAGCAAUAUGGUUUUGGGCCAGAAAGAUACACAGGUCCCAACGUCUUUGGUAAAUUGCGCAAAUGUAUGGAGACAUUAAAGACAAAUUGGAUUGAAAUCAGUGCUACUAAAGAUCAUGAAGAAAGAGGAAACCUGUGUAAUACACUCUUUUCUGAUGAGAACAAGGAGCACAGACUGUAUGAGGCCAUAAAAUUCAUCAUGCUCUACGAAGUCGUUGAAGCCUAUGAGCAGAUAAAGAACAGGGAAGAGCCUGUACACAACCUUUUCAGCCUUCUCCUUGCUCGUGAUUCUUCAUCUGACCCUUUGAGUUUCAUGAUGAAUCAUCUGAACUCCAUAGGUGACUCCCUUUGCCUAGACCAGGUUGAACUGUUUCUUCUUGGAUACUUACUUGAAGUAAAGAUAAGAGUUUACAGACUGCAUAGGUUUAAUACUGAGGAAUUUCAAGUGAACUACCCAGAUGAAUACCGAAGGGAAUGGAAUGAGAUUUCUCUGCUGACCGAGGAUGACCGCUACUACCACAUCCCCAUUUACAGAACGUGAAGGACCAGUGACUUUUGUUGUUGUUGUUGUUCCCUUUGUAUAAUACAGUGAGUGACCAGUUGCAGUGAAUUAGGUUUCUAAUCAGCAGCAGUAAGAUUUUGAGAAUGCUCGUUAAUGAUUACAAAAUGAUUUAUGCGUUUAUUGUGUAAACAUUUUGCUUUCCUGUUGCAGCACAGUUCACCAUCAGUCAGCCAUAAAAGCCAUAAAAUAUAUUGCUCUACUGUCUGGGAGGGGAAAAAAAAAGUCAGAUUUGAGGGCUGUCAGACAAAAAAAGAUUGGACUGCAUGGCAAAGAAGGCAAAGGUAAGGGUGAGUUUUCCAUUGCUAGCCUAAGGGUUUGCUCUGACAUCUCUGGAUGGGUUAAACUCAAGGUCCUCAAGGAAUUACUGCCUUUCCCUCAUCUUUUGCUGGAGAGGAUGAAUCACAGAGGAAUCAGCUCCUGGGCUCCCACAGUUUAUAGUCCAGGCUGUUAAACUUGCAUUGCCUUGGGGCUAUGUAGGAUGGGAGGAUGUAAACUGGGGCCUCUGUGUAGCUGCUUCGAAUCCCCUUUGGCUUCCCUCGUUACUGGAACACCUCCCUUUAAGGGUGGGCAGAGCAAGCAGCUGCAGGAUGGAAUCGCUUCAGACACCUGAAAUGAAGAUGUCUGCAAUCAGCACUGAUAUCUGAAGGUGAAGAAGUGUUACACGGCAGCAGGGUGAAACAACACACGCACACAGAGGAACACUGUGCCAGAUGAACUGAAGGUUUACUUUAUAACUGAGAAAAGUACAUAAGCUUUCUCAAAGCUAAAAAAAGGUAGUAUUAAUUAAUAAGUAUCAUGCAGUAGAGUGACACUUGGUAGCUGCCUAUGGCUUUUGUCAACUUGUAAAUCCUUUAAGGGCUGAUAUCAGCAUUACCUGCCAAGAUAUCCUUUGCAAUUCAUCUGAGAAACCUGUGCACAGAAAACAUUCAUAAACAUUGUAUUUUCAGAAAAUAUUCUUUUUCUAUGCAUUAUGUGAAUUCAGCAGUGUGUAUACAUGUUUUAUCCUCUGAGUAUUUAUUAAUCUCCUUGCACAAGAUUGCUAUCUUUAGUUUAGACCUCAGUGUUUGAGAUCUAAACUAAAUGCUUGCUAAUGUUUGAAGACAUCUGUCCAGGACAACUAAAUGAGUUGUACUUUCUUACAUGGAACAUUUUUCCCAGGUCUGUUUUCUCAAAGAAUCAUUUGUGGUUUGAUUAUUUAAAAAAUAAAGGACCUUAAUUUGAAAAAAUAUUAAAGUGAUACAGCAGAUCUAGCAGAAUGUGUAUGAAAAGCUUAUAAUUCCACAGGCAUGUGGUUGUGUUGAGGAAAGUGGGGUUUACUGAGAAAUGAAACCUCUCCUUUCUUUAUCCUAGAGAUACAGGGACAGGCAGAUUUGGUUUUUAACUCCUGCACGAGGAACCACAAGCCAGUAACAAAAAUGUGAAUGGGGCCUGCAGGAGCUAAAGCAGUUGCGUAAGGUAAAUAAAUGGGAAUGCUCAGAGUUCACAGAGAGCACUCAGUUCCUUUGUGUAAAGGAAAGAAAUUUUAUCCCUUACAGUCCUCUUAUUUGUAUGUAUAUGUAAAUAUAUUUAUAAACACAAACACUUGAGCUCUCUAUUGCAACAGCUUUGUUUCCUGAAAGUUCUUCUGAGUUCAGUUUUGUUCAAUAAUUUGUAGCUUUUAAUUAAGAAGGCUUGAUAGCUAUAAUUUCAUCUCAUCAAAACUUGCAUAUUAAAUACUUUAUUUAUUAAAAGAAGCUUUCUUUUUUUUCCACUGAAUUAAAUAACUGCUUGAUUUAGAUUUGGUUCUGCUCUGCAUGGGGAAAUGUUAUAAUGCCUGAGUGGUGGAGUAUUGCUAUUUAUUUUGCAUCAGCAGUAACAUUUACAACUAUCAACAAACCUGUCUGUAUUUUAUUCUUGUUUUGGGACAAGCAGACACAGCAGAGAAAGGAUGUAUUUUUAUAGUGAGCUUUUUAAUGAUUUGCAUCUUAUUUAUGAAUAGGAAUACAAAAGCAUUACAGCUGGAAGUGUUAAAUUGUCAACAUGUACAUUUUUGUAACCUUGGGCGUAUUAAUAGCAGGAGGCUAAUAAAGAUCUAACACAGAUGGUGGAAUUUCUCUCACCAGUGUGGAUGUUUGCAUCUGAA